GCCUGCGUGGUUAGCACCAGUCACUCAGCAGCGGAGACCAGCGCCAGUGAGCAAAGAGCUGCCUCUGUAUUUAAGGCAUCACCUCCCUGAGCAAAACCUCUCCCUCCCAGCUCCUCCGCACAGCUGGGGAAGGCGAGGAAGAAGCUUCCUUCCUGGGCUGUGGGAAGAAGUUUCCUUCCCACUUCAUCCCUGAAAUAUGUUCCUCCCCUGGGUGUCUGUUCUUACACUACUUCCGAUUCUGGAAGGGGCUAAUGGAGAGUCAGUGACACAACCUGAUGACCGAGUGACUGUAUCCCAAGGGGAACCAGUGCUGCUGAAAUGCAUCUAUGACUAUGACACUUCCUACGGUACUCCUACGCUCUGGUGGUACGAGCAGCACCCAAAUGAAGCCCCUCGCCUCUUGCUGACACAAUAUGAAGCUUCCGAUGAGGAGGCGAGAAGGAGCCGGCGGGGGUUCUUCGCCACACCCGACAAUCAGGGGAAGACCUUCCACCUGAAGAAAAGCUCCAGCGAACUGCGCGACUCCGCCGUCUAUUACUGCGCCAUGAGCGACACAGUGAUUACACCCAGCAGGGUCGCUGCACAGAAACCCGCUGGGGGAAGAGGAGACGGCACUAAGGAGGUGUGGGUCAGAGCCCCAGAGGAACAGACUUUGCACAGCGCCAGUGGAGUCAGUGACUCCCACCCCGCGGGUGUGACUGUGCAGCGCUCCAAUGGGGUGAACGGGCCAGACCCCAGACUGCUGGGACUGGCUGAAGCUCAGUGGAAGCAAAUGAUCCAGUUCCUCAAAAUGCUUAAAACCAGCGAGGAAUUGCCCAGGAGUCAGCUGAGCUGCCCUGGUUCCUAUCAGCUGAGAUCCGAGCCCUUAAACUAGGAUAUUGGGGGUCUCUCAAAAACUGAAAUGUUCCACAUUCCUGGAGGAAACAGACUAUAAAUCUCGUCUAAUUUAUCAACAAUUUCUACCUCCCAUUACUGCCCUUGCGUCUGUUGUGUGAAGGUUUUGCUGGUUUCAGAAAUGCGGUGAUCCAGAAAUUGAAGUCAGGAAAGAUAGAAAUAUUGGAAUUACAGGUGUGGCCCAGACCAGACAUCCGUCUAGCACAGUAUUUGCUCUCUGACUGUAGUUACUACCAUCUACUUCAGAGGAAGGUGAAAGGCAU